AAGCGUCGCCGCGAUACCAACUGUCACACCGCCUGUGACAGUUGCUCCAAGUGUUGUUGCGCCAGUUGUAACAGUUGGUGGUGCCGUAAAGAAAGAUCUUAAAAACAAACUGCGUGCCGAUCGCGAGAUAGCAACGCCGUCAACUUAUUGCGAUUUCUGUUUGGGUGAUCAGCGUGAGAACAAAAAGACAAAUUUACCCGAAGAAUUGGUGUCAUGUUCGGAUUGCGGUCGUUCCGGUCAUCCGUCUUGCCUACAGUUUACCCCAAAUAUGAUUAUCUCGGUCAAACGCUAUCGCUGGCAAUGCAUCGAAUGCAAAUAUUGUUCUAUAUGUGGCACUUCAGACAAUGAUGAUCAAUUGUUAUUCUGUGACGAUUGUGAUCGUGGCUAUCAUAUGUAUUGUUUGUCACCACCAUUAAUAACGCCACCCGAAGGUUCGUGGAGCUGCAAACUUUGCAUGGAUGAGUUUCAUAAAGAUGAAAAAUAAUAAAGCUUAAGCAAAAUGGCCAACGAAAUAUAAACCAACAUAAUAAAUACCGCUUCCAGUAAAUAGCAACAAUGGAAAUAGACUGAGUUGAAUUAAGAGCACGAAAUUGUUUAAAGCGGAGCACUGCGACUUGGUCUUAUAUACAUAUAUACAGUUUUCUCAUUUAUGUUUUUGAUUUAAGUUAAAAGUGCAGUAUUGUCGCAUAGAAAUACUUAAAGUAACGUCAUAUUGCAUUGCUUACAUUUUUUUGUUUUAAUAAUAUUUUCCUUUAUAUAAUAAUUUUAUUUUUCAAAUAUGCAUCAGGUAACAACUUAACGCCGCCAACUAAGUUCACAACAUUUUUAAGAGCUUUCAUGUAAUUUUGUUUUAUAUUAGCUUAGUUUUAAGUUCAAAAGAUUCAUACAGUGGCAACUUUUUGUGUUUUAGAUUUAUAAUUAGUCUUAUAACAUAAAGCCCAUUAUGCCUCCGCUAAUCUAAGCAACUUUUAACCAAGGGUAUAAAAUAGUAUUGUAUCUGGAAAGCCCAGUUUAAGGUAUGUUACAAAUAUUUUGCUUUUAUAUGUUUCUAUGUGCAUAUAUAUUAAAAUCAUAUUAAAAUUGGCUGAUAAAUACAUACUAUAUGAUCAGUAAAAGUAACUACGAAAAUGGUAUUUCAAUAAAUCUCAAAUUGUAUUUAGUUCAGUAAACUUGUAAGUGUAUUAUGUGAAUUAUGCGAAAUUAUAAAUAAAUAUACAUUUUAUAAGUUUAUAACUUUAAUUUGCUAAAAUUCAAAAUCUCUUCCAAGUUUUUGGGCAAUAAUUGCAAAUUUAAUUAUUUAAAUUAAUUUAAUUACAAUAUGAUAAAUAUUCAUCUGUACAACCAUGUAACAGUACAUAUAAACAUUUGGAAGUACGCAUCAAUGGGUAUAUAAUGCAACUCAUUAAUAUUUAUUGCAAUAUGCGUUCAUAAUUAUCGCCAAUGAGCUUAAUAAGAAUAAAUCCUUACUUUCAACACAAUAAGCUUGGUUUCGUCGCAACAAUUUUAUUUGUCAAUUGUGGUGUUUGUAGAGUAUUGUUGUCUUGGAUAAUAAUCCAUGCCAAAUUUCGUGAUGAUAUCUCGUAAAAUACAAAGGUUUUUCAUACAAGAACUCGAUUUUGAUCGAUCAGUUUGUAUGUCAGCUAUAUGCUAUAGUGGUCCGAUAUCGGCGGUACAGAAAAAUGAGCAGCUUCUUCGGGAGAAAGGGUCUUAUGCAAAAUUUCAGUUUGAUAUCUCAACAACUUAUUGUACAUACAGACAGACGGACAUGGCUAAAUUGACUCAGCUCAUCAUUCUGAUCAUUUAUUACAAACUGCAGUGUAUAAUUAUGCUGUUGCAAUAACGAAUUAUUGCAAUUUUAAUAUAUUAGAAACAAUAACAAUAACAAAUCAUUACAAGAAGUGGUUUUCUAACCAUUAUUUUGAGCCGAAUAAUUUAAAUUUCAAAUCUCAAAAUUUGAUUGAGCACAAUUUUCUAUUGAGAAUACACACAAACAAGCGCGAAAUGCUCUGUAAAUGUUUGUUGUAACAUUUAUACUUUUCACAGUUGAACUCGAACAAUUUUUUGUAUAUUUGAAAAAAUUGCUUUUCAUGAACUCAAUUAUUAUUUGUGUUGUUUAAUUCUACACUUUUUUUUUUAAAUAAAAUCAACAAAAAAUUCGGAAAUACAAAUAUUAAGCAGCUUAGUUAUUAUGGAAAACGAAACGCAAACACAACAACAAUUGCAACGGCAUGAAGAACAGAUAUUGCAACAAGCACAAGAUGAUGACGAACAAGAUGUACAAUCAGAAGAUAUGAAAACUGUAUCAACAGAAAUUUUAAGCGACGAAGGUUGUUUAACAGAAGCUGACUCCGCCAACUAUAUGUGUGUGCAAGAGGAAGAAUAUGAGCAAGAGAGCAUUGCAAGUGUUGCCGACGCGUCGUCGCAACAAUUGGAAUGCACACAGCAGAAGGCGCAACAAUAUGCACACCAGCGCAGUCACAAUCAAGCACAUCGUCAAUAUAACCCCAAGAAGAGCGUGUCCUUCAAGACGCUGGUCGAUAUCUUUCAAUUGAGCGACGCCUGGCAGUUGCAUGUGAAAAAGAGCAGCUUGAAAACGGAGGAAGAUCAGGCCAAACGACGCAUUCUGCAGCGCAACUAUUAAAUUAUCGUUAAUUGCACACACACACACAUAUGCUUUUCAUAACAUUUGUACCAGGCACAUAAGGGCUUGCAAAUGCUAGUACAACAACGUUUAUGUGUAAUCGAUCAAUGUUAUUUUCCUUUCAAUGAAUGAACAAAUUCCUAGUGUACUAUAUUUUUAAAUAAUUAAUAGCUAUCUUAUGUAUUCGCUAUAAUUUCUACAAUGUCUGUAAUGUAAGUGUGUAGGUGCGCGCAUGCGCUCAUACACACAACGAAUGUUUAGCUAGCUUUUUUUUCUGUUUUCAUUUCGUCAAGGCAUAUGUAAAAAUCUACUAGUUUGAAUGCUCGCGCAAAUAAAUGGUGGCAUGAAUGUAACAAAAACAAAA